UUGAAGCCAUGUAAUGUUUAACAGAGGAAAACAGUUGUGUGAAUAAAGCAGCAAGAAACAGCACAACCCAUACGAGAGCAAGACCCUUCUGAAUGUAAAUCGGAAGGGACUUCCACAGCCAGAGUAAAGCAGAACUGAAGUAGACAGCAAUGGACAGGAAUUACAGAUACACUCAAAAGCACAAGGAUUUAAAUAACGCUUCCAUAGUAAAGGAGCAUGUCAAGAGAUAACAGUGAUUACCAGAUAGCUGUUGAUGGUAAUAGCAGGUAGAAACAAAAGAUGAGGAGCUGACACAGCUGACCUCUAGUAUUCAAGGCCAUUUCGUUCUCUGUCCACACCGUAGCUGCAAAGGACGAUGAAGGCCACGCUGCCGCUGUGCUUGGUGGUGGCUGUGCUUCACCUCACUGUCCACAGCCUGACCCAGACUGACCACCACAAUGGCAAGAUCAAGGAAACUGAGCCCCAGGAGCGGCAUUUCCAUGAGGGAAAUCCUCUUGAGUCCUGCCAGCGGGUAGUCUCCAGCAACACAGACUUUGCUUUCUGGUUUUACAGGCAAGCAACCACCCAAGAACCUGGCAAGAAUGUUUUCUUUUCCCCAGUCAGCAUCUCCACUGCCUUUGCCCUGCUGUCCCUGGGCUCCAGAGCCACCAGUCACACUCAGGUGCUGGAAGGACUGGCCUUUAACCUCACCGACACACGGGAGGAGGAGAUACACAAUGGCUUUCGUCAUCUUCUCCUCUUGCUGAGCCGCCCUGGCAGCCAGAUGCAGCUGAGCAUGGGGACUGCCCUGUUCAUGGACAAGCACCUGAAGCCACUGAAAACAUUUCUGAAGGACAUCAAAAAACUGUACAAAGGAGAAAUUGUUUCUAGUAACUUCCAGAAUUCCACUGAAGCUAAAAAAGAGAUCAACGAUCAUAUAAAGAACAAAACCCAUGGAAACAUAAAACAAAUACUUGAAGACCUCGAUCCAAACACUCUAAUGGUAAUAGUUAACUACAUUUAUUUCAAAGCCUACUGGGAAAAUCCUUUCAAUAUUAAGGGAACUCGCAAGGAUUAUUUCCAUGUGAAUACAAAGAACUCAGUUGAAGUGAAGAUGAUGACUCGAGAUGGAUUUUAUAAAACAUACUCUGACACGAAGCUGUCUUGCGAGGUGGUACAAAUUCCUUACAAGGGAGAUGCUGCAGCAUUGUUUAUCCUGCCAAAGGAAGGAGAAAUGAAAAAGCUGGAAGAUGGCCUGACAAAAGGCACGGUGUCUAAAUGGGAAGAAUCACUUGAACGACGGAGGAUAGAGGUGUACAUUCCCAAACUAUCAAUUUCAGGCACCUAUGACUUAAAGAAGAUGUUCAUGAAUCUGGGUGUUACUGAUGUGUUUUCUGAUCAGGCUGAUCUGUCUGGAAUCACAGGAAAGCCUCAUGUGAAGGUUUCAAAAGUUGCUCACAAGGCGCUGCUGAAGAUUCAUGAGAAUGGCACAGAGGCUGCAGCAGUCAGUAGCACAGAUCUUCUUCCUCAUUCUGUUCCUCCUGUUCUUAAAUUCAACCGUCCAUUUUUGCUGCUGAUUGUUGAUCAAUAUACUCAGAGCAUCCUCUUCAUGGGAAAAAUUGUUAACCCAGCUGAAAAAUGACUGGUCAGUGGCUCGUCUUACUGAUUUGAAUUGCAUUCUUCACACAAUUAUAGUUCAAUGUGAUUAAAAUUAUCAUUAUUAAUAAUUAAAAUUGUUACUAAAAUGUUUAUUUUUUCAAAUAAAUGAUGCAAGAUUGUGGUCAUUCUUAAAAA